AUGUCCCCGCCGAAAGCGCGACCACAGGGCAAGCUCAAGCCCCGCCGCCCCAGUCUUCGUGCCAACACCCUCCGUCAGUCUCUCCAGCACAUCGAGACGGAUUCAGCACACCACCUAGCCGGCCCCUUUAGGCCGCAGACUCCGCUCGACGCGCAGUUCAAUUCGCCUGUACGUUCUCCGAGCACAGUCCUUGAUCCAUUCAAUUCCAUCUCCCACGGCCUUUGGAAAGAUAUCAAAUCGAACAGAUGGGUCAUAGUCCCCGCCUCGUCCUUCAAACUACUCCUUAUCACCGUGGUUCUCUGGUGUAACUGGGAGCUCCUCGCCCCGCAUGUCGCGCCUGAGCUAUCCAACCCCUUCGCACCGCUCCUCUUUAUCUCGCAUCCUGUCCCUGACUCGCCGCCGCACGACCCGCGCUACGCCAAAGGCUACCUCGACCUCGUCUUCAUCGCCUUCUAUGUCGUCUUCUGGUCCUUCUGGCGCCAAAUAGUCACCCUGCACUUCGCCCGUCCGGCCGGCCAGUGGUUUGGCAUUAAGAAGGAAGCGAAGCUCGCGCGCUUUGGCGAGCAGGCCUACGCCGUGGCCUACUUUGGGAUCAUGGGCGCGUGGGGCAUCCGGAUCAUGUCCCAGCUCCCAACGUGGUGGUAUCGCACGGAGUACUUCUGGAUUGACUAUCCGCACUGGCAGAUGGUCCCGGAGCUGAAAUGCUACUACCUCAUUCAAGCGUCCUACUGGUGCCAGCAGCUCAUAGUGUUACUACUUAAUCUCGAGAAGCCGCGUAAGGACUAUACGGAGCUCGUCGCGCACCACUUCGUGACGCUCUGGCUUGUUGGCUGGAGCUAUCUCAUCAACCUGACCUUGAUUGGGAACGCGGUGUAUGUCAGCAUGGACGUGCCUGACGUCUUCCUUGCACUCUCGAAGAUCGCAAACUAUAUACAGUAUGAUCGCCUGAAGGUGGUGCUCUACAUUGUAUUCGUCUGCAUCUGGACAUAUUUCCGGCAUUGGCUCAACCUCGUUAUCCUUUGGUCUGUUUGGACAGAGUUUGAUUUGAUGCCCGAGACUUCUAAGCGGUGGUCGCCGGAAGACGGCGUGUGGAUGGUCUGGUGGAUGAAGUACCAGAUCUUCACCCCCAUAAUGCUCCUGCAUUUCCUGAAUGUGUUCUGGUAUAUCCUUAUCCUUCGCAUAGGAGUGAGGGCGCUCAGGGUGGAAGAAUUCACCAAGAUCAAGGACGAUCGUUCGGACGACGAGGACGAGGACGAGGACAAGGAGGACUAA